AUGUUUUCUGCCCAGGGAGGCGUUGCCGUGACCGCAGCAUCUAUUCGACCCCGGCGACGACAGAGGCCUAGAUCAGAGGACGGCUUCCAACCUCCGCGAGCGAAGAGACAGCGGUCAACAAAACAUGCUGACGCUGGCGGAGACACGGAGCUUGACACGGCAGCAUACGAACAAGCGCACUGUUUGGCAGUAGAGCCAGACCUUGAAGACGGCCCUUCGUUGGCUGCGGGUGACACAUCUAUCGACCUCCCUGUGCGCGGCCGUAAGGAGUCAGAUCGACCUACCUACGAUUCCCAUUCAACUCUUAUUCUGGAUAAUGGCUUCUACAGUGCUACUCGAGUCUCCGCCCUGCCAGAGCCUCUUCAGAAGUCUUCAGAACAUGCAAACUCACUUAUUCUCACCCACAACCAGGCCUAUGUUUGGGCUUAUUCGUCGGGUUCCUCCUCUAUCAGUCCAAGUGACUUCUCUACGUUCAACAUACCUGAACCAUCUCCAAAACACAUCGACCCUUUACCACUUGGCGCGUUUACCUCCAGCUCUUCGACAAGCGAUGCAGGCAUGUUAGUGGUGAUACCAGCUACCGGAAAAAUUACAUUCUGGCAAACGAUUUCGAACAACGUUAUCCUUGGGUUGAUAAAACAGAAAUGCAAUACAGUUCAUGGCUCAAUACCCGGAAUGAUGUCCGGAGAAUUUGCUACGGGUCUACUUAAUGCGGAGCCGUCCGGGUUCAUCAUCACUCUUUCUACUGGUCGCGUUGCUCAUCUGACUAUUAUGGAUGCUCAUGGCAAAGCAAGCCUGAACAUAAGGUUCCUUGACUUGGCUAAUCGUGCUACGAGUGGCGGUAUAUUUGGAGGCCUGAGGAAUGUAUUUAGCGGUGCCUCUUGGAGAAGGAAUAUUGCUGCUGCAAAAGGCGGCCGAUCCGCACAACGGGGCCAGCGUGAAGUCAUUAUUGCGACUAGCUCAGGAUUGAUUGAAGUCUGGGAUAUACACUGGAACAAUGGCAGUGGCUUGAAGGCACGUAUGGACGCAGCGCUCGAGAUCAACAGAGCGCUGAAAGACACAGGCUUAAACUCUGAAAACGGCUCCCUUGCCUCCAUACAAGUCUUGGAUUUUGCAAUCAAGAACAACAGCAAACGUUCAAACGAUACGGAACAUGACCUCUCACUCUGGGUUUUAUUCUCCGUCUCCGGAGAAACCACUUCGUACUUCGUUGUUGAUUUGGCCUUUCCAGAAAAUGUCCCAGAAGCUGGUCGGAUCUUCAAAAUUGAUUAUGAGGGUCCGCUACAGGACUCUGCGGACUCUACCCCAAAAAUAUAUGUGCCGCGUCCCGGCAAAAGUGCUUUCAUCGUCUUCAGAAAUGCUACCGUCCUCGUGUCGUUAACACCCGUGGAAAAUUCGACAGAGGAUGGUACACAUGAAUUUCAGGAUCUUGUUCGACUUCGGGAUCGAGACAAUUUCGUGGUUAUUGGAUCGACUCUAGAUGAUGGCCGUGACGAACAUAGCCGAGACUGCUGUGUGCUGGUCAUCCAAAACUACGGACUUGUUCAUCUGUCCAGCUUGCGUCUGAAGACUGAAGCGGCACAAGAUGUACAAUUGACGACCAAACUACGCCUUGAACAGAUUGUCUUCUUUGAAAAUGCCAAAGACAACCCUAUCAAUUUCCACCACUACAAGGAGCUGUCUUCGAAACCCCGCCUUGAAGAAGCAAUCUUAAAUAUUACGGACGAAAUCCUUCAUUCGAGCUCGAGGUAUAUUUCCUCCAUAGCGGCGUCCUUGGAGCAUCAAAUGACAAUGCGGUCCAACGCUCUACAAGCUCUUGCAAAAUAUAUCAAGGACAACCAUAUUGAACUUAGCUAUUCGAUCCGGUGGCAGCUCCUCUGGGACGCAGAAAAAAUGGCAGCGAGUAAAGCGAUCUGGGCACUCUAUAAUGACCUUAAGAAAAGAUACCCCAAGAAAGACUUGUAUCUUGGACACUUGAUUGAGACCAUGGGAGAAAAAUUCAAGAGCUCUGCUAAGAAAGAGGAUGGACCGGACGAUCCCAUCAGGCACUGGUUUAUCUAUGAUACCUGGCAGAUGGAACAUAUCAUUCCGUGGAUAAUGAAUGGCAUUCGAGUCGCCUAUAACAAGCCGCAGAGCGUGACACGGGACUUUAUUGACAAGGUGUGGCAGGCGAGCGAGAUCUCGCUGGCAGCGUUGGAAACUGCCUUCAGUUUCCGCCGAGAAAACGCAAAUUUGUACGGGAUCGACGAUGCUUCGUUAGCUCUGAAAACCCCACAGUGUACUGAGCUUUCCGAGUUCUGGACGUCGCUAGAUGUUAAUUAUGACGAGACGGAAAACCUGUUGGACACAGAACUUAAUACAUGUAUUCAGUGGAUGCGACAACUGUCACAAAGCGGCAAGACAGACGCCGAGGAUAGCCCUGCUAAGGCACUUGAGAAAAACCUUUCACGUCAGUUUGCAGUGUUUUCACAAAUCUACAAGGAACGACGACAAUUAUGCGCUGUAAGUACAGAUCGUCAGAUCCAGAAUGACGGAAAAUUGCUUGAAAAGGCGCAUCGCGAAAGGAGGAAGCCCCAGCUUUACAAGAUGGCUGCUAUCGGACAUUUAGAAGAGGCUGUGACAUUGGCCGAGAAUUUUCAUGACAUGACGGCACUUGUGGAGCUUAUGGUCGAGGUUCAUGAUAAGAUUGACCAGAAACAUCCCCAGAAAGCAGUGGAUCGAGCAACACCCGGUCCGCGUGAAGAAGCUGUGAAGCAAUGGCGGUCUAGGAUUGACAGCUAUUUCACCAGGUACGGCGAACCCUGGGCAGAUGCCUUUUUUACCCGACAGAUAACGGCUGGACAGCCGGCAAUGCUGCUGAUUAUGCGGGAGUACAAGGACGACGUGACCCGUUUCCUACGCAAGAGGCCUGGUUACGGAAAGCUGUCCUGGAUGAACGAAGUGCUGGGUGAGCGCAACUACGACAACGCAGCGAAGAUUCUGACGGAGCUCGCGACCCAGCAUGAAACCAAUCUAUGGAGCAAGCGGGUGGAGCUUGCACUGGCAAAAUUGUCCACGCUGGCAGCACGAGAGACUCAGACGGGGAUGCAGGUGAACCUGAGCUGCUUUGAGGAUGAGACAGAGCUGGCAACGAUCCAAGAGUCUGUGUAUGACAACCUGCCGCACUUGAACGAAGCCAUCGACGAAAGCGCGCGAUUGCAGAUAGCGAAUGACCAAUUUGCGAAUGUUUUCGUGCAGUCGAAACCUGCUCUGCGCGAGACCCUUCAGCGUGGCCUGGCAAAGCUAGUAACUCGUUGUCCGGUACAAGGAGACGAGCUGGCGGACCUUUUGACUCUGAUGGACCCGAUCCCAGCGGCUGGCCCGCCGGAGGAGAACGAGGUAGCCGGACAUGAGUUCAGCCUUGCCCUGCGUGCGCUGAACCUGAGCGGCUCGGUUAAGGAAGACGGCGCUUACCGCGAAAAUCUGGAGAAGAUUGUCUGGCGUCGCUGCAUGAUUCGGGACAACUGGGAGCAUAUCAGCGCCACGGCCGGCAAGACAGAUGAUGAGGUCCAGGCCGAGAUCCGCUCUACAGCGCUCUUCAAAACGAUAAUGGACUACACAAACGGUGAGUAUCUCCUUGUUUUUGCUAAACAAAUGCAUCCAGCUAACAUAUGA